AUGGCGAGGACGACGGGGAUUGGGAGCAACGGAGGGAAGAAGAAUGGGGCGGGUCAGUUUUUUCUAGCGACGCUGCUUCUUUGGCUUGUCUCCGUCGUGUUUGAGAUUGUUUUCAAUCUCCGAACGGAGCUUCUUUGGGUGAUUUGUGGUGGAUGCUUUUUUCAAUUCGUGAAUUGGGUUGUUCGUUCUUGGCUCUCUCGUGACCCUCUCUUUGUUAAUACCUCUGUUUCGCUUCUGCACUCGAUCAUCACCUCCGCUUCAGUGGUUUUCAUUCUGCUCAAUCAAUGCUUAGCCAAAGGUUUAGACGAUAUGUUCGAUCAUUCAGAGUUGGUUGGUGGUACUUGGAAAUGGGCAUAUCCAGCUUUGUGUUUCUCUUGCGGCUACUUUGCAUAUGACCAGUGGGAUAUGCUUCAGUACCGGCUAUACAGCGGCUUAAUACCUUCCAUUCUGGUUCACCAUCUCGUCCUCCUUGUUUGCUUCACAUUGGCUCUUUACCGAAACGUAACCAUUAACUACCUGAUUCUUACUCUAAUUUGUGAGAUGCACUCGAUCUUUCUGCACGUGAGAAAGCUAAGGAGAAUGGCGGGAAUCAGAGACAGUAACACGGCAUUGGUGAAACUGGAGUGGGUACUAAACUGGACAGCGUUUGUGUUUGCUAGAUGCAUUCCUCACAUUCUCAUCACUGUCAAACUGAUCAAAGACGCACACAAGUUUGGGAAAGGCGUGGAGUUACCGCUCGCUCUGUCUGGUAUGGUAGGAAUGAACGUUCUCAAUGUCGGCCUCGGAAUGGAUUUGUUUCAUGCUUUCAGAAGAGAGAAAAGCAACAUAAGAAAUCAAGAGAAUGGCAACCAUCACAAGCAUGAAGAAUGA